GCCUAGGGCUUGCCAAUCAGAAGGUUGGCGGUUCGAAUCCCUGCCAGGGGGUGAGCUUCCCAUUGCUUGGUCCCUGCUCCUGCCAACCUAGCAGUUCGAAAGCACAUCAAAGUGCAAGUAGAUCAAGCACCACCAAACUUCGGCCCUCCAGAUCUUUUGGACUACAAUUCCCAUCAUCCCUGACCACUGGUCCUAUUAGCUAGGGAUCAUUCAUGAGAGUUGUAGGCCAAAACAUCUGGAGGGCCGCAGUUUGGGGAUGCCUGAAGUAGAUAAAUAGGUACUGCUCCGGCGGGAAGGUAAACGACGUUUCCGUGCGCUGCUCUGGUUCGCCAGAAGCGGCUUUGUCAUGCUGGCCACAUGACCUGGAAGCUGUACUCCGGCUCCCUCGGCCAAUAACGUGAGAUGAGCGCUGCAACCCCAGAGUUGGUCACGACUGGACCUAAUGGUCAGGGGUCAGGGGUCCGUUUACCUAUAUCUAAGGGAUAGAAAUAUAUUGUGUUCACUUAGACCUGGUUGGUAUCAGGGGUUACACUCUGCUAACCAUCUGAAUAAAGCCCCCACCUUUGCAACGUGGGCGUAUCCAGGAUUUUUGUGGGGGGGGGGGGAGCAGAACCUCAGAUUUGUAUUGGCUUUAUUUAGGGGGGCAGUUCAUUAUACCCUCAACACUGAUGGUGGAUGUGGAAGAAGAGGCGACCGGGUGACUUCCCAACACUCCUCGUAUUCGCAGGCAAACGUACGGAGAAGAGCCGAAUUGCAAGGGGCCUCGGCUCAGUGGGAGAGCAGGCGCUUUGCUGAGGCAGCUAGAGCCCCCACCCUGUGGCCUUGGAUUGGGGCAACUUCCUAGGAACACACACAAACCGGUAUCCUGCCCAGGGCUUGAUUUGCGUUCCAUGCCAGUGAAUAUUCGAGAGACAAUAUUGCGACAGUAUAGCAUAGCUAGAAUGCUUCUCUGCUCCUGCCCGAAGCAGCAGCGGAUCUUAGCACGAGGAGCUCCCUCGUGGCUCCUUUUAGCGUAACAAGGGCUAUUAGAGAACAGAUGCACGUGAAUGGCAAUUCUCUGCCAGCUUUCAAUAUCCCACGGCUGCUCGGCUUCGCCCUGCUUCGUGGAGGGCGGAGCCUAUUGUGGCUCGGCAGGCAGAAAUCAACAGGUGAAGCAGCUCCCCCAGCAGCGGGGAGAGAAGCCUCGCCUGUGGACUGCCUGUUUGUGUUGCUUGGCUCUGAGCGCGCGGCUCGCUUGGCCUGCAGUGACCCACCCGGCCCGGGCAUGGCUAUUUCGGGCUCGGCCGGCCCAGGCCAGCCUGCUAGAGCAGGGGGCGCGGGUUAGCGCCCAGCCAAUCGCAGCGCGGGGCGACGUCACGGGCGACGGAUGCUUGGCCGCGGUAGCAGCACAGCAGCAGCAGCAGCAGCAGCAGGUGCGUAAAAAAAAUACCCCGAUAAGAAAAAGGGAAAAAGAUAAAGAAAGAAAAAAGAGAAUGGAGGGAAGCAGCAAGCAGGCCAAGCUCCUCCGGCAUCGGCUCUUGCGCUCUGUUGAGAUGGGAGGCGCCUCUGAGCAUGUGCAGAGUGCCGCCGCUCGCUGCCGAGGCGUUGCUAGCGAGGAACCCUUAGCUUUGCGAACUCCCCUGGAGCGGCCGAGCGUUGUCGAACAAAACUUCUGAAGGUCUCCUCUGGUUCAAACCCGGGAUAGGGGUGGGGGUGGGGCUAGUCUUCGAUGAUAGCCAGUGGGCCUUCCCUACUGCUUCCGGUAGACUGCUGCUAGCUACGGAAGUUCCUUUUAGUUACCUCGAGCGCUAAGAACGCGGGCGCACCUGGAUGGGCUUCCUGCGUGUUCCUCAUCACGUCUCAGGUUCAUUCUGGUUGAAGGUGGUGGUGGUGGUGGAUUUAGUCAUCUCUGCAUCUUUCUCCCCCUCUUUUUGUAAAAGCUUUCCUGGCUUUUUGUGCUGCGAAGUUGUUUCAGCACAUAGGCAAAGCCUCUUUCCCCUGCUGGCAAGGAAACAGCCAAGUCCAGAAGUCUUUCUCAGGACAGAGGAACUUUGAUUAGGAAAAAAAAAGCAACAGAAGAACAUUAGGAGAGCAUCUGUGGGAUCAGGCAAAAAGGGACCCAUCUCUAGUCCAGGAUCCUAUUCUCUCAGUGGCCCAAGGCCCCUAUGAACAGCAAUCUAGAUAGACUUACUCUGGACCUGGAGGUUCCAUAAGAGCAUCAGAAGAACCCUGUUGGAUCAGUGGCACAGCAUCCUGUUCUCAUAGGGGCCAACCAGAUGCCCAUUAUGGGAAAUCCACAAGCAGAAUUUGAGCACAAGAGCACUCUUUUCUCUCCGUGGUUUCUAGCAACUGAGAUUCAGAAGCAGUUUUUGGAGACUGAAACAAAUUGUGUUCUGUUAUAGCUCAUUGUGAUCCCAUCUCUCUAAAGCGGAACAUACGGGCUCUGCAUCCCAGCCGGUGGGGCCCACUUAGAUUUGUGCCAGCAGCAAUCCCUCCCUGCUCUCCCCUCCCCUGGGGGAUCCAGCCUUUGCUGCUUUUCUCCACCAGCCUGUAGUUGGGUGUGGCUCAGGGGGGCUAGUCUGUAGAGAUUACACAUCUCCUGGAGAAGCCACAUGGGCCAGCAGCCGUAGGAGUUUGAGGGUCCUCAAAAGGGCAUCCUCUUCUUGAACCAUGGUCAGAGGUAGGGAUGCUUCUGAAAGCCGGUUGCUAGAAGCCACAGGUAGGGAGAGUGCUGCUGUUGCACUCAGGUCCUGUUUGUAGGAGCCUUCCCAUUGGGGCGUCAGGUUGGCCACCGUAUGAACAGGAGGCUGGACUAGCCGGGAUCCCUUUGGCCUGAUCCACUUAUACCCAGGCUCUUCUUAGGUCCUCUUGUUUUUGGCAGACAUUGGAGAAAUUGCUUUUCUUGCCUGCCUCACCUUGUUGGGUUGAUUGGUACCUAGGCUCCCUUCUGCCUUGGCAAAGAGCUGUAUUGUGAACUCUUGAGGGCAGAGAGAGACUGCCUGUUGCUCCAAGCCAGCCCUUUGCCACAGGUUUAACCAGCUUUUCUCUGCCAGUAAGGUGACCCAAGGGAGGAGGCUUGGAAGAGGCUGUGCCCUUGAUGCAGGAAGGGACAAGCCCACCCCUGUUCUGCAUUUGCCCUCACUGAGAUGAAUAGAGGUAUAAUAGAGGCCUGUGGGUUGGUAGCCCUCACCAGACGAGCCAGGUGAUUUUCAUACUUUCUUUAUUACUGUCAAACCUUAUUGCUGUUGUUAAACAGCACAAGAGCCUGGUUGUUGGAUUCUUAUUUAUUUAUAAAGAAUAUUUAUAUGCCACUGUCUCAAAAAUGUAUUGCAAACUAAAAGCAAAAUACAUUAAAAACAAACACCAAUAGACCUUUGUUGGGGGAUGUAGUAUUAUUAAUGUUUAUUCACACUUCCACUUGUCUAGUGCCUAGAAAGCACGGGUCCAAGCAGUUUUCUGUUUGCCCCACUGCUUUUCCUGGGGAAACCACUGGACUGUAGCAAAACUCAGUCUGCGGAAAGCCUGAUUCACAUUUGCAGCCCUCUCCUGCAGUCCCCCAGGGCGGUUCGCAGGCAGCUUUAUCCACUAUUAAUUUGACUAGCCUACCACCACCCCAAAAUGGCAGACCUUGGGAUCUCCAUUGUACAUCAUUGUUGCAGCGCCCCCAGGGGCACUGAACCAGCUGGAAUCUCCUAAAUCUGCCUCUGGCCCCCCACCCUGCUUAUUCACAGUUAUCUCCCACCUGUGGCAAUCUCCCAUCAUCCCACUAGAGGGCGCCAGAAGAGCUCUUUCCUUAUGUACUUGCUUGCUUCCUUUUGCAACUGUACAAAAGCCUUGGGCUGUAUUAUUCAUCUUAUUUCUUGCUCCCUUUUGUAGGGGAGUUUCUCUUUCUGGGCUCCCUGCAUAUGACAAGGGUAGACAAUUCAGGGGGAGCUUGCUCAAGCGUUGAGCUCAGGGCCCAGAAGGGCAGCCCAGCCUGAGCUGCUAAUAUCCUCAGCGGAAGCCUUCAAGGGGUUUCAGGUUGAAUGAAUGAGCAUCAUUCAUGCUGAGGCUAGGUUAGGAGAAGUGGGUGCUGCACGAGCCCUUGGGUGGGGGGCUCAUUGGUGGUGAUGCUGUGGCCCCACAGGGGCUCCAGAGGAGACAGCAGCUUUUAUGAGGCUGGUGGAGGCUUCUGACCUGAAUUUUCGUCUCUCCUUUCAUCCUCUCUGAUGGAAAAAGCCUCAGAGCUCCUUCCUUCUCAGUGCACCCAUAAAAAGAACAAAGCUGUGGGUUUAAAAUGUCUUUAUUUUUAUUUACCAAGCAAAUGUAUUUUGGACGAGUAUUUCUGCCAGUCUGCACAACUGACCCUGAAGCUUACUCUGUUUAACAUGUCAAGCCUUGUGGUGGUUUGCACUAUUAAAAGCGGUGCAUAAACAAAGCUUCUAGUGAAGUUCCUGCAAGGGAAAAAAAACCUCCCUAAAACCUCAGGCCUGAUCAUCCAAAGCACCCUGAGCAAAGGGUCCAAGAGAUCAAGGUGAGCAAGGGUGGGGUGGGGGAGGCGGAUGCGCUGGUCAUCUGCUCCAGCCUUUGAGAGAAGGGGCCAUAAUGAAAUCAGCAGCCUCUGACUGGCCACUGUAAAAACAGCAUGCUGAGCUAAAUUUGGGUGUGUGUGUCCCUUCAGCCUGAUCCAGCCACAGGGCUUUCCUGAUUUUCUUAAAGAUCAGGGACAACCUAGUGUCCAGCGACUGCUGUUGUCUGGCUGAUGGAAGUUGGCUGAUGGAAGUUGGAGCCCAAGACGUCUGUGCAAAGGCUGGGCCCAAACCAUGUGAAGCUUGAUAGAUGAAGGCCAAUGGUGAUGUAACGGUUAGAGUGUUUGGUCUAGGACGUGGAAGAGACCAGGGUUCAAAUCUUCACUUGGCUUUAUGAACUUCAUUGGGUGACGUUGGGACCAGUGACCCGCCUUACAAGGUUGUUGUGAGGAUAAAAUGGAAGGGGGCAGAGGAGUGGAACUAUAUAUGUCACCUUGAGCUCCUUGGAGGAAAGGUGGGUUCUAAGUGCAAUAAAUUCAGAGCUCCAGCUCCAAUGUCAUGGGUGUGCGUUGCUUGUGGAAGGUUGUGGUCAAACCCAAAAAGGCAUGCUGCUAGCUAGUAAGUUUAGAGGUAUGCAACCACAGAGCUGUAUUGCAGAGAGGCAGAGACUCAGACCAUAGAAGGAGCAUAUGCAACUUCCUUCCCCCUCCAUUUUCUCUCUCUCUUCUCUGCAAGAACCACGAUAGCCAUGGGCAGAAUAUGCCAUCUGUGGGUUCACAUCCAUGUCAAACAUCCAUUUUGGGGAGAGGAGCAUACCCCCCCCCCCUAGGCAUAUGUGAAGACUGGAGAGCAUCUCUUUGAGAGCACUUAACGGUAGUUGCUGAAUAGGUUUUCUUUGCCUGCAGGAGUAAGAGGAAUGUGGUCAGUGAGAUUCCCUGCCCAAUGCAUAGGAACACCCAGUCCUUCUGAAGGGAUCAAUCUCGGUUUCCCCUUUUAAUUUUUGAGCAGGAAGGAGGUGUUGUGCACCAUAAGUGUAACUGCCCCCCUCCCAAUGCCUUGACCCCUGGGGCUAAGGAAGAGAGAACAGAUGUGGCCCAUUUGGAGCAUGCAGCUGGAGAAGACUUCCUGCGACCUGGGCUUCACCGAAGCUAUAAACAAAAGGAUGCAAGUCCCCAGCCGGCUGAAGGUGGCAGAGGACCCCAGUGCAGGAGACCUACAGGGGGUGACCACGAAGGACUGCCCCCCAUCCUACCAGAUGCACAUCCCUGACAGGAUCCUGUUGGCAGAUAUGACAACGAAUGCUGCUUUCCAGCCUUACUUCCUAAGCCAGCUGUCGCACCAGCCCCCGCCUCUUGAGGAGCCCCUGCUGGAGCCAGCCAUCCAUCCAGCCAUUUACGGAGAGCACCCCUUCCUCACCUUCAUCUCUGGACCUGGAUCCCCAAGACCCAAACGGCUGGCACAUCAAAGCAGGGCCAGAAAGGAGAGGGCGCUGGCGAAGAAUCCUCAUCUGGGCUUGGGAACUCUUGACCAGAGGCAAGACUGGCAGAAGCCAAGUGUACCACCCCCUGCCUCCUCCACCCCCCAGCUUCCUCUGUUCCCUUUGGAGGGCAGGAUCUACUCCCUGCAGAAUGUCCUUCAAGUGCUGUGGUUCCUGGGGCACCAGAUGUUCCAGAUGUUUUGCAAGCCUGGCCAAGCCCAAUGCAGUUCCCUGGAGAGAAGUGUGGCCUCAGAGAGCUCCCCGGAGGACUUUGGCACCACAGAGGUUCUGGCAAUGAGGAAGCAGCUGAUGAAGAUCUCAGGGCGGCUUCAGCGCCUGGAGAAGCAGCGUGUGGGCUGGCACCAGAAGGAGCUGCUGUUCUACUCUGUGCUGGCCUCUUCCUGCCUUCUCAACAUGUGGCUUUGGAACAAAAGAUGAGGAAGCCACCCUGCUCCAAGCAGCAAGAACUCGCUGCCAGCAGUCGACCUUGUGCUUGUUAGUUUUCACUGAGCACUUGCCUAGGUGUCCUGGGGUUUCCUUGUUUUGGGUUGCAGCCAAAAGGGAAAUAGGCUGGAGGGGAAUGUGCCUUGUGUGUGCAGAAGGAGGAGAAAUUGGGCAGGGCUGGGGGCCCUCCAGAGGGCAGCUACUCCGUAGUCGGGACUCACCUUUCUUUUGAAUACGGCUUCAUAUGUGUGAUUUGUCCAGGCCUGAUGUGAUAUAAUUCCUUUAGGGAGGGGGUCCAAGGCAGCUCUAGCUGCAGUUAUGAUGUUGGGAUUGUCACCCAUACAAGGGAUGUUGAGUUGCCUUAAGACGAUGGCUUCGGGGUGUGGGUUGGUGUGCUUCUUAAUGCUAGUCACCAUCAAGGCAGGGUUGGUGAAGUGAAGGGUCAGGGUCAGGUUCUCACCUGCAGGAGGAUUGAUGGGAACAGGAAGGAUAGGAAGAGAUCACUGGAAGCUCUCAGGACCUCAGUCCCUAUAGUAAAAUAGAUUUAAAGCAGUGGGCAGUAUUUGUGGCCAGCUUCUGCUAGAAGUACAGUGGUAGGACUGAGCCAAACAGCCCCCGGGAAGGUCACAACUCCAGGGUUUCUCCAAGGCUUCUCAGGGUCCUUCAGGGCAAGCCAAGUUCUCCUUAGUGCUCUGAUGGUUUCCUGGCCAGGGGGCCUGCAUCUAACAGUUUGAGUGUCCUAAAAUUCUAAUAAAAUUUAUGGUAAAGCGCUUCUGUCUCUGUCUCUCUCUCUCUCUCUCUGUGUGUGUGUGAUGAAAAGGAGGGGUGGGGUCGGAAGAAGGUCUGUUUCUUCUCUGGGCUCCUAUUGUGCCCACAGUCAUUGGCAUCAGAGGGAGAGACAAAUGCCUUAGCCUCCCAGCUGUCCACAAAGUACAGCAGGGCAUGCUUGGCAAGGAAAUUGGGCACCUCUGCAACCUUGCAAAAUGAUUCAAAGUUUAGAGUGAGACAGUGGCCAAAAUAAUUAACAGAGCAGGAAAUAACCUGAGAGAAAUGCAAGCUGCAAAAGUCCACUGGCUCUUCAAGAUGGUCUGAUGAAAUUGAAUCCUCCAUA